CCGGCAGCCUGGGCGGCACGAUUUUAGAGUCCAAAAUACCGGACCUGCCCGACCCCAUGCCGUGAUCCAUUGACGUCGUCGCGCUUUGCAUCUUGCCCAAUUCAAAAUGCUCCGCCAACAAGCCCUGCGGCAGCUCCCGCGCCAGCCCUCCCUGCAUCUGGGAUGCGCCCCGAGGAGGACGUUCCUUAACCGAGCCAAGAGCUCGUCGGGCCGGGCGGUCGAGCGGCUCAGCCACCGGCGCCUGGCGCAGGAGCAGCAGGACUACGAGCGCAUGCGCCGCAACUUCCUGACCGCCGGUGCCAUCGCGGGCGUCGUAUCCUUCAUCUACACCUCGGUCAAGCUCAAGCAGGCCCUCGACAAGCCCGCCAAGCUUGACUCGACCCUGCCGCCGAACGACCCCCUGCUGACCGACGCCCGGCGGAAGGUGGUGGUCCGCGACGAGGAGGGCCGCGAGAUCGUCCCGACGGGGAACUCGACCGUCCCAACCUUUCCGAGGACCAUCAACCUGCGGCCGGUGUCGGCCGCCCCCGCCCCCGCUUCGGCGACGGCCAUUGUCAACCCAUUGGCCUCGGAGCAGACAACCGAGUACACGCUGGUCGGGCUCGGAACCCGCUCUGUCAGCUUCUUGUCGAUCAACGUCUAUGUGGUGGGCUUCUACGUGGCCACGGCCGACAUCGCCGCCCUGCAGGCCCGGCUCGUGAAGCGGAUCAACCCGAUAGCCACGACGCUGAUCGCCAACGAAAAGGACGACCUGCGCCAGGCGCUCCUCGAUCCCGCCCAGAGCGAGGAGGUGUGGAAUGAGCUGCUCCGCGAGGGCAUCCCCGCUCGUUCCGCCUUCCGGAUCCUGCCCGUCAGGGAUACCGACUUCCACCACCUCCGGGACGGCUUUGUGAGAGCCAUCCAGGCGCGCUCGGACAAGAUCCAGAACGAGGCGCAGGGAGACGGCGGCGCCGACAGCGUGGCCGUCAAGGACAAGUUCGGCGAGUCUGUCCGUCAGUUCCGCCAUGCUUUCAACAGGGGCAAGGUGCCCAAGGCCAAGGAGCUCCUCUUGGCCCGCGAUGGUGACGGCAAGCUCGGUAUCAUCUACUCGGACGGCAGUCCCAAGCGGGAGAGGGAGCUGAUUGGCACAGUGGACGACGAGAGAGUAUCACGCGCUCUGUGGCUCAACUGGCUUGGGGGCAAGAAGGUGGCCAGCGAGCCUGCCCGCGCAAGCAUUGUUGACGGCAUCAUGGAGUUUGUCGAGCGCCCAGUUGGAACCGUUGCGUCUCAAGUUGUAUGAUUCCACGACGAAGAAAAAAGGAUCCGGCAAAAUGUAUAUUAAAGACCAGCCAUGGGACAGUUCCUGACCCAUCGCCGCCUCUUAUAGGGGAUCGAGUAUCUCUGAGGCCACGAUAUCUGCAUGAUACUUCCGGGCUCCUCCACAUUGUAUUUUUGCGCAAAAGUGGUCGUGUCUAGAGUUGGACGUAGCUAUUUCGCGUUUUUUUGUUCUCCUUUUCGCGACGGCAAAUCUAUGUGACCUCCCCACAGGUUGGUCUACCGCUCAAAGGGACGGUCCUCCC